AUGGCGCUUCAUGUGCUCGUGGGAAUAGCAACACUAGCAUUGGAAGGAAAGGGGCUUCAACCUGCUGGUAGAAGUAAUAGUUAUGCACGAGUGCGAGCUGUGGUGAUGACCCGAGAUGACUCAAGUGGUGGAUGGUUACCACUUGGAGGGGGUGGACUAAGCUGUGUCACAGUCUUCAAAGUCAUUCCCCAGGAAGAGAAUAGCUGUGCUGAUUUUCUUAUCCAUGGAGAACGACUCAGGGAUAAAACGGUGGUCUUGGAAUGCACAUUAAAGAAGGACCUAGUUUACAACAAAGUUACUCCAACUUUUUACCACUGGAAGAUUGAUGACAAAAAGUUUGGCCUCACAUUUCAGAGUCCUGCUGAUGCAAGAGCAUUUGACAGAGGUAUUCGGAGAGCAGUGGAGGAUAUUUCUCAAGGCUAUCCACCCUCUCAAAAUGAUAUUGAAGUGGCAGAAGAUUGCUUUCAAAGUACUCAAGAAAAUACAUCUGGUUCAUUAAUGAAAGAUCACCUUUUCCAACACGAAACCGUAGUAACCAGUGAACCUUACAAUACUUCAAACGUAAGGCCUUCAGCACUUGAAGAUUUCAACACCAGGAGAGCCUGUUUUCCUAGUCAACCUAGCCAGGUCCCACUGAAGCCGAUCAGACACGUUAGUUUUCAAGAUGAAGAUGAAAUCGUUAGAAUAAACCCUCGUGAUAUUUUGAUACGUCGUUAUGCAGACUACAGGCAUCCUGACAUGUGGAAGAACGACCUGGAGAGAGAUGAUGCAGACUCAAAUAUACCAUUUUCUAAAUCAGACAGUAAAAAAUCUGACUAUUUAUACCCGUGUGGGGAUGGAACUAAGUUGAAUUCCCUGAAAGACUCAAAGAGUUCUGUGGUAUUUAAAACUCAACCCUCAUCAUCAAAAUUUAAAAACUCCAAAAGAAGAAAAGAGGACGGUGAGCGUUCCCGCUGUAUAUACUGCCAGGAAAGGUUUAAUCAUGAAGAUAAUGGCAGAGGAAAAUGUCAGGAUGCUCCAGAUCCUAUUAAAAGAUGUAUCUACCAAGUCAGUUGCAUGCUUUGCGCAGAGAGCAUGCUGUAUCACUGCAUGUCAGACUCGGAAGGAGACUUUUCUGAUCCUUGCUCGUGUGACACUAGCGAUGACAAGUUCUGCUUACGCUGGUUAGCACUGGUAGCGCUGUCGUUCAUUGCUCCAUGUAUGUGCUGCUACCUCCCCUUGAGAGCAUGCCAUCACUGCGGUGAGGCGUGUGGGUGCUGUGGAGGGAAGCAUAAAGCUGCAGGAUGAAUCAGUCUUGUGCCAAACAGAGCUGAAAAUCUUUGUUUCCAGGAAGCAUCUAACUUGGAUUUGUGGAAGCUUUUUGGCGAGCCGAAGGGAAUCUUCUUUCACGUAAGAGAUGCUCGAUGUGGAAGAAGCAACAGGACUUGUCAGACCUUGGCAUUUUACAAGUGCUAGCCACGCCUAACUGUUUCCUUUGAGCACGUGGCGUUUGUUGCGAGUUGUGAAGGAGAUUUUGCAAAGGAAAGCCUGUUCUUAUUAUUGGCUAUAAAAUGAGUAUAUAAACUAUGAUUAUACUAAAAGGGAUUAACUUUUGCCACUUUGUACAUUCAUGGUUUAGGUGAGGGGGCUCUUUUAAAAGGAUUAAAACUUACCUGAGGGGAAAUUUUAACUAAAAGUGCACUAGUGACAGUUGAUUUAAGAUUAAGAAAAGUUAAUACUCGGCAAAUGAGAAAUGAAACUGAUUUUAAGUGCAACUAAAUCACUUAUUAAUAGUUUUUUGGAAGCGACUUUAUGUAUAAAUAACAAAUGUUUAUAUUUAACUAAAUGUGUAAGGUACGAAUUAUUACAUGUUAAACUUCCCUUCCCUCUGGUCUAGUAGGUAUGGACCAUAUCUACUGUCACAUUCCAUUGUAGUACUUUAAAUAUUUAAUUAGUUAAUUUAGUUGCAUUUUUAUUCCAGAUGGACAAAUUGAUAUUUUCAGUCCUGUUUCCCUUCAGCUACAGUUUGUGUUGAGUUGUAUCCAUACAUUCUGAUAAUCUAAAAACUUUUAAAAUAUUAAUUAUUCUAGUCUUGAGUGACCAAUAUUUUUUUUUAAGCACAGAUGUAAUUGUCUAAAAUGUUCUUGUUAGAACAUAACAUUUAUUUUUAUAUAUAAAUGACUUUGAUUUCAACAUAAUAGCAAAAAGGAAGCUGUUUCUGUUGCUCAACCAGCAAGUUGUUUUCUUUUGGGGCAUCCUCCAAAAAAUACUUUAUUACGUAUACAGAUGUUCAUUAAGCAAAAGGUACAUUAAGGCAGUUGUAACGAGUUGUCAUCAGUGUUCUUGUUUAUCUUUCUGUUAAACUAGGAUCCUGUUCAACUGUUUAUCGAGUACUAUGAUUAAAACAAAAGAUUAAUAACAAAAGUGAAAUUGUUUUCAUUAUUUUGAAUUGCAGCUUUUUCCUACUUCAACAUGCAAGAGCAAAACCACUGGUUUUGAGCAAAGGAAAGGCAACAGAAGACUUGAGAAGUAAGCCCAGGCAAAAUUGGAAGUGAACUUAAUGAAGUGAAUUUGGAGGGAGGCUGGGGAGUGGGAUGGAGGGGUGCACGUAUGCAGACAUGGCGCUGUGCAUAUUUGUUACGGCUUUGUAUUCACUAAGUGUUUAAUUUUCAGAAAAGAAUUAACCAAUUAACCAUUAGAGAAUUUUUUAAAACAUACUUUGCUCUGCCGUGAAGUAAGAAGCAUUUGCUUCUCAUUAAAAAUAUGUAAAACAGUAAAAAUAUUCAGUAGGGUAGGUGCCAAUUUGCUGCUGCAGCUGGAGUGGGACGGAUGGACUGUCCUCAGAGUAUCCCGUGUUAAGCAAAAGUAAUUGAGUUGAAAAGACGCAUGUUAACUUUUCUCACCCUAUGUAUUUUUCAGUAUCAUUUGUGUAGGUCAGUGCCCUUAGUUUUCUUUUGUAGCCCAGGAUUAAAGGAAGCAAACAUGUAUCACAUCAUUUGUCUGUAAAAUACUUUUUAAAAGAAAACAUUUAUAUUUAUAUUAUGGCUUCAAUUGACCACAUUAUGUACACAGCUCAUCUCAAAGUAUUAUUUCACAUUGAAAGGAAGAAACAUUAUUGAUAACUGUAGAAGCUAUGAAAGAGCUUCCAGUUUUGUAAUGAGUUGAUUGGAUGAAUUAAGUCCACAAAUAUGAUGCUGUAGCAGCAGUCUUGCUUUUUACUGUUACUGCAUUUGCUGCUGUUCUGGUUGAUUGUCAUGCUUCACACGUUUUCAGCUGAACUUGGUUUCCUGGAAUAGACUGUUAACCUUAAAAAAAAAAAAAAAGGAUAAAAUGUAAAAUAGUAAUGUCUGUCUUGUGAAUGGGGUACAUUUCGUAUGUUUCAGUGCUAGGUUCCUAACUCAAGGCGAAGAGAGGUGUGAACGACCUAAGAACAGAAUUUUCUGGCUGUAUAGGUAAAUACUGUAGAAUCCUACUCUGUAUAUACUGCAGAAGGAAAUGAAUUUAACAGUUUCCUCUGAGCACUAGUACUGUAUUUUAUAUAAAGCAUACAUGCUUUAAUAUUUUUACUGAAUGUGUGCAUUAAUAUUCUCAUUUUGCAUUUAACUGCUUUGCUAAAAUGUUUUCAUCGCUUUGCCUUCCCCUUUAAAAGACUUGUUCCAUCUGAAAAAAUGUUGGUGACGUUUCAAUGUUCACUUUCCUUCUUGUGAUGGAACUUGCAGCCUGCAUGCCCGUUCUGAGAUUAGUGAAGAGAAGUGCAGAAGUACAGUUACAUAAGGGUUGCUUUUUAUUAGGAUGCACGCAUACUUUUUUCUCUCCUGGUGCUAGGGAUCCUAUUCACGCUUGCAGUUAUGAGUAACAAAAGGUAGACUCAGAUCAAACCCUUUCCAAAAUGGGCUCUUAAAUCUGUGCGUCUUUUGUUUUUGACAGCAAGUAAAAUCUGUUUUCUGAGCUGUUUUCUUAAGCGUUUGGAAAAGAGAAGUUCCUUCCCCAGCCCUGACCCCCCUCUCCCUGGGCAUCAGAGCUGGAGCUUGCCAGGCAUGCGGCAGCGGAGCUUUGUGUUGCUUGCAGGGGAGACCCGAGCCUUGGGAAACCGUCGGUGCAUACUAAGUCCCUCGCUCACUGAGAGCCUCAGUUACCGUGAAAAUUAAACGUUUCCUAUUGAAAGGAAGUGGGGGAAGCCAAUUGACAGCGGCGCUCGUGCGCCAUCUGCUGGGAGAGAGCGCUCGGGCUUCACGCACACGCAGCUCCGGCCUCGCCGUCACGUAACGCGCUUUGGUGCGGCGUUACGGCUGCGGAAAGAGUUUGUGAGUGCGAAUGGACGCAGUGGAAGCGUGACAUCGUGCAGGGAUUCUUUGUCUCAUCGUGCCUCUUAAAUUUUACUGUUAGUGAUAAUUGAAAAUUACUAAAAUGCUUUAGUCGUACGUUCUGCUAGGCUGUCAUAGUUACUUUAUUGCAUGAAAGUAUAAAAACGAGGAAUGGAACAACUUCUUCGGGUGGUGUCGUUAGGUGUGAGAGAUUCCUAUGUGAAGUGAAGGCACAUGGGGGUAUUCCUGCAGAAGAAAUCUGGGUUUUUGGCUUGUGAUGCGAAUGGAGCCUGAAUACACACAGGUGUGCCUGCGCACCUCCUCGUGCACUGCAGUGGUUUGGAGGCCUACACCCACAGCUGCACACAAGAUUAAAGCAAUAUUCUGAAAAUCUACAAUUACUAUGGUAACUGCUUAGAGUAAAUAGCAGCAAAGGAUGGCACAAACUUCAGCUGCCUUCCCAGAGCUUAUGUAAGGGAUGCUGCAAGCAGGCUUAACCCAGCUCCUCUAGGAAAACGAAGUCUUCAGAAGAAUGUCUUAAUUUUGCGUGUUGGGAUAUCGCAUUCCCUUUUCAGUUAUGUUCUCUUCAGAACGUUCUGUUCAUGUGUACCUGGAGGAUAAUGCUCAACUCUUGAUUAAAUAAUGCACAGGUUCACAUUAGACUUUAAAUCUUUGCAGAGUGUAUGACACAGUAUACAACCAGCACAGUGAUACAUUUAUCUCAAUAGAGUGAAGAUCAGGGACACAGCUGGCAGCAAAACACUAGUUUUUAAAAGAUGCUUUACGGUACUCUUAGUGCACAGCAGUGGGGUGGAUAAAAGUUCCCUUUCCUUUGGUGCAUUGACAAAUACAAGGAAGGGUGGGCUUGAGGAGCAAGGCAGCGUUUGGUUUCUUUUUGUUUGUUUGUUUUCCUGAAAUCUUCUCUUUCUUGAUUGCAAAAUUCAUGGUUAGUUGAAGAAAUUGAACCAUUUGCUGAAGGAGCAGCCUUCAUCUUCGAUAUAAUCUGUACAGAAUUUUUUCCUUUUGCUUGGUGCUGUUUGCUUUCCACCCUUAUGACCUCAAAGUGCCUCACGUGUAUAUUGUCUCCAUUAAACUUCAACUGCUAUUUCUUUCUGCUAAUUGGUGUAUCAUUGCAUUAACUCAUCCCAUAGGUUUUUCCUUUUACGUCAAUGAAUACAGCUUGUUACUUUGAGUAUAUAAUGUAAAUAUGCCCUUAAAUUUGUAACAGAUUUGUUACAUUUCCUUGUAAGCUGACAUGGCAGAUGACACCUUAAAAAUUGUUUAAAUGUUUUUUGUUUUUUGUUUUUCCUGUAAUUACCUGAUUAAAAGUGUCUUGAAAUGAAA